AUGGACUCUAAAUAUACCGAGGGAAGGUACUGGAAGGUGAUGAAUAUUUCAGGGAAGGGGAAGGGAGUCCUAGCUAGGAAAGAUAUAAAACAGGGAGAAUUAAUAGUAGCAGAUACUCCUCUGUUUAUAGUUCCACCAGAUGCACAUUCUCAAAACAAAAAUACGCUUGAUAAUUACUUGGAUUGCGCUGUGAAAAACCUGAAUCCUCUUGAUCGGGAAACUUUCUGGAAUCUUGCAGACUCCAAAUCCAUUCAAGGCAAAACUCCAAGAGGAAUAUACUUCACUAACUGCUAUAGUAUUGGACAAGGUAGUUCAACAAGGUUUCCUACUGCCAUGCUUCCAAUACUUUCCAGGAUAAAUCACAGCUGCAGACCUAACUCUGAGUUCCACUGGAACCCUGAGCAAGGAUAUGAAGAACUCAGAGCCUCCAGGUGUAUCCUGGAGGGAGAGGAGAUUACUGACUGUUACCUGGAUCUUACAGCACAGGGUCGAAUAACGCAGCAGGAGCGGCGUAGCUUGCUUAAGUCCGGAUACGGGUUUGAUUGUAACUGUGAAGUGUGUUCCCUAUCCUUCAACCUCCUGGAGAAGGAUGAUAAACUCAGAGUGGAAGCUUUUAAUCUCUCUCAAACAUGUUUCGAUCUCAAGAACAGCUUCAGCUCAGAGCAGAUGGUGGAAGUGCUAAGGAAAGCGGAACGUUGGUUCUUCUUAAGAAAAUCUCUAGGUUAUAAGUUGACCCAUCAAUUGGAGGCUGCUGAGGUUGUUUGGCAUCUCGCUAUGCUUCUAGGAGAGGACGAGAUAGCCUCCAAUAUAUGCAGGGAAGGGAACCUGUUGGCCGACAUUAGAUUUGGAGCUGACAGUCAAGAGGUUCAAAUUUGGAGAGAAAAAGAGUCAAAUCCUGUAAAAUAUCUUCUGGGAUGAUUCACAAAAUUGAAAAUUUUUAACAUCACUUUAAUAAUUUGUUAUAAUUUGAAUAAAGUAUUUUAUUGUUA